AUGGAGAAUGAACAUGAAAAGAUCUUAAGAAAAAGGAGAGAACAUUUGACGAAGUAUUGUGAGAAGCAGCCAGAUGCCCAGACACCGCUCAAUGGAAAGAUAGUACGAAAGCAUCACUGGUUCCUGGACAAGCCUCGCGUGAUGUAUUGUCCUGUUGCAAAAUCCGGGUCAACAUUCUGGCGGAGAGCUUUUGAAGUGAUCAGACGAAAAGACCCAAAGGUUGUCUCCCCUUUCCAGUUGUCCUACAUGGAUUUCAAAGCAUAUAAGGCAAGGAUUCCACUCAAUAUGACGGAGCCGGCUCAUGCGACAGACAUGUCUGAACUCCUUGAAACCACUUUAAAAUUCAUAUUCGCUCGGGAUCCAUACAGGCGGGUAUUUUCAACAUACAUCGAUAAAGUUCUGUCGCCAAACAGGUACAUGUGGGGUCUUGGUAGGAAGGCGAUAAAAAUGUUCAGAUCAUCCUAUAAAAAUGGUACAGAGAUUUGUGGAUCUGAUAUGACUUUUGAGGAGUACAUCAAAUAUAUAAAUACUCUCAACUCUAAAAGAUUUGACGUGCAUCUUAGACCGGUUGCGUAUGUCUGUGACCCUUGCGCUGUGGACUAUGACGUCAUUGGCAAAAUUGAAACGUUCCAAGAUGAUACCCGAUAUAUAUUGAAAAGAACCGGUUCUUAUGACCAGGAUAUUAAAUUCAAAGAUAUGAGCACUGAGUACAAGGUAGAUUACAUAGUAGACUCUGUCGUACGGACAUUUGCCUUAAAGAGUGGGUGGAGUCGGUGCAUUAGUGUCCAUGCUGGUUAUCAGAGACUAUGGCGCCAGUUACAAAUACAGGGGAAGAUAGAGAAAAUAGACGUGUACCCACUCACCCCCGAGCAGAGUAAUAACAUCACCGUCACCGAAUAUCUCAACAUGGCGUUGGAUGCUUUCAAGAGAUCCGGACCGGCGGCAAAAAAUAACAAGCGAGAGGCCUUUUUGCAAGCUUAUUCGACGGUGACACCCAAAGACAUGGAGAAUCUUCGCGAGCAGUAUUUUGCUGAUUUUGAAAUGUUUGAUUUUGAACAGCGGCCUGAGGAAUUAUAUAAGGCACAUAAAAAUGUGAGGUUGGAAUUUGACUACUUUAAUGUCAUGAGGUUGAAAUAAGUUUUCACUAACUGUAAUAACUCAUAAUGUCAAAUGCAGGGAGGACACAGUCCAAUGGGAUGUCUAUAUUCCUACCUUGUGUUAAUAGUGCACCUUAAGCUGGUCCAGAGCCAAAUGUUAAUAAUUGUUGCAAUAUUGAUGUUUAGUUUCCACUUUGAACAAUACUCGGACAAUGAAUUCAACCAUCCAUAAGCCAUCGGGGCGUCCAGAAGGUAUAACUGUAGCAUCAGCGUAAGGUAACAAAAAUAAAUUUUAAUGAUUGAAAUCCGUUUUCAUUUCCUCGCUCGAUUUCUACUCCUUUUCAUCCACUAUGUUAUAUGCAUAUGAUAUUUAUUGUGCAAAUAUUUCAUUGUUUUUAUGUGUAUAUUUUUAUGUAUU